ACAAGGUCAUCACAGCGGGUUAGGGGUGGCGUGGUAUGGUCCCGGCACGCGCCACGACCACAAGCCUGAGCCAGUGGCGGGAGGCUCGACAUCCAAUCUCCUGAAGCCCCGAGACCGGAAGGUAGAGCCGAGCCGCCAAUCAGCGGCGACGCUGGACGCAGGUGCGCCGCGCUGUGACGUCAGAAAAGAUGGCCGCGCCUCCCUGCGUUUUUCUUCUCGUUUAGGUGCUUCGCUUCUCAGCGGCGCAGAGUUCCAAGGCAGGCAGGCCCGGUAUUUCCGCCAGUAUGUAUACCCUCCGAGGCCGCAGCCUGUGGGUCGCAGCGUCCCUCACCAGACAGCACCUUCCGUCAGCCCGGCUCAGCGGAGACCUUGCAUCGCCCGGCCCUCCGCACUUCGAUGUGGUGGUGGUUGGUGGAGGACACGCGGGGACCGAGGCUGCUGCAGCCGCCGCGCGCUGCGGAUCCCGGACUCUGCUCCUCACGCACCGCGUAGACACCAUCGGUCAGAUGUCCUGUAAUCCUUCUUUUGGUGGCAUUGGAAAAGGACACUUAAUGAGGGAAGUAGAUGCCUUGGAUGGCCUGUGUGCUCGCAUCUGUGACCAGUCUGGUGUGCAUUACAAAGUACUAAAUCGGCGUAAGGGGCCAGCUGUGUGGGGGCUGCGAGCCCAAAUCGAUAGGAAACUCUAUAAACAAAACAUGCAGAAAGAAAUCCUGAAUACGCCACUGCUCACUGUUCAGGAAGGAGCUGUAGAAGAUCUUAUUCUCUCGGAGCCAGAGCACGGACACCCUGGGAAGUGCCGUGUCAGUGGUGUUGUUUUGGUGGACGGAAGUGCAGUCCAUGCAGAGUGUGUGAUCCUGACCACUGGGACGUUUCUGAGAGGCACAGUUGUGAUUGGACUGGAAACGCACCCCGCAGGGCGUCUGGGGGAUCAACCUUCCGUAGGGUUGGCUCAGACUCUGGAGAAGUUGGGGUUCACAGUGGGAAGGUUGAAAACUGGCACUCCGCCCCGAAUUGCCAAGGAAUCCAUUGAUUUCAGCAUUCUAAACAAGCAGACGCCUGAUGACCCAUCUGUACCAUUCAGCUUUGUCAAUGAGACAGUGUGGAUUAGGCCAGAAGAUCAGCUGCCCUGUCACCUGACUCACACCAGCCCCAGAGUGGACGCCAUCAUCCUGGAGAACCUUCACCUCAACAGCCACGUGAAGGAAACGGCCAGUGGACCCCGAUACUGUCCGUCCAUUGAAUCGAAGGUUUUGCGUUUUCCAAACCGCGCCCAUCAGGUUUGGUUGGAACCUGAAGGAAUGGAUUCUGACCUCAUCUACCCCCAGGGGUUAUCUGUGACGCUGCCAGCUGAGCUGCAGCAGAAGAUGAUCGCGUGCAUCCGAGGCCUGGAGAAGGCGAAAAUGGUGCAGCCAGGGUAUGGUGUUCAGUACGAUUACUUAGAUCCCCGGCAGAUCACGCCUUCCCUGGAGACCCACUCGGUUCAGAGGCUCUUCUUUGCGGGACAGAUCAACGGCACCACUGGUUAUGAGGAAGCCGCAGCUCAGGGUGUGAUAGCCGGAGUCAACGCCAGCCUUCGGGUCAGUCGCAAGCCGCCCUUCGUUGUCAGCCGUACGGAAGGCUACAUGGGUGUCAUGAUUGAUGACCUCACCACCCAGGGCACCAGCGAACCCUACCGCAUGUUCACCAGCCGCGCCGAGUUCCGCUUGUCCCUGCGCCCGGAUAACGCCGACGACCGGCUCACGUUCCGAGGCUACGAGGAAGCUGGCUGUGUGUCCCAGCAGCGGUAUGACAGAGCGGCCUGGAUGAAGUCCUCCUUAGAAGAAGGCAUUUCUGUGUUGAAAUCCAUUGAGUUUUCAAGCUCGAAGUGGAAAAAGUUAAUCCCUCAGGCUUCUAUAAGUACCAGUAGAAGUCUCCCUGUCAGAGCUCUCGAUGUUCUGAAGUACGAGGAAGUUGACAUGGAGUUAUUGGCCAAGGCUUUUCCAGAAGCCUUGAAGAAGUACACUGAAUGUAGAGAGCUGGCUGAGAGACUGAAAAUAGAAGCCUCUUAUGAGUCCAUAUUGCUCUGUCAGCUACAAGAAAUACAGGACAUGCAGCGAGAUGAGGCUCUCCAGCUGCCUGAAGACCUGGAUUAUCUGAGUCUCAGGGAUGUGUCUUUGUCUGAUGAAGUUCGGGAGAAACUGCAUUUCAGUCGUCCACGGACGAUCGGGGCUGCCAGUCGUAUACCUGGAGUGACACCUGCUGCCAUCAUUAAUCUGCUCAAAUUUGUGAAGACCACUCAGCACAGACAGACAGCUAUGAAUGGAUCGCUCCAAACCGAUCAGCACUUAAGAGUUAUAGCUUUCAGUUCACAGAAGAUGACCUUAAAAGAGUGAAUAAGCCAGGUGCGGUGGCACAUGCCGAUCUCAGCACUGAGGAGGCUGAGGCAGGAAGAUUUCUGUGACUUCAAGGGCAGCCUUGAAGCAAGACCGUUUUUUUUGUUGUUGUUGUUUUUUUUUUUUUUUUUUUUUUU